UGACUGUCGCGUUGUUUAGGACAGAGCACUUUAAACAGUCCACCAAUAGUGAACUUGGGUCACCAAGGCAUUUAUAAUCCAUAUCCAGCAUUUGUUCACGCACAACUGGGUCGGUAUGGAAGAGGCAGACCUGGUCAAGGAGCGGCUCCAAGCCAUAAUGGAUAAGAGGAAAGUCCAAGAGGACAUUGCUCAUAAAAAGCUGGAGAUUGACAAGGAGAAAUUAAAGCUUCAGCACUUAAAGAAAAAGUCCUUGAGAGAGCAAUGGCUCAUGGAUGGAGCAGCCGCCCAGAGCCCACAGCAGAGAGAGACUUUGAGGGGAGAUCAACAACAAACUAAGCUCCUCCAGACCAGCAUCCACAGGAUUGAGAAAGAGAUUGAGGCUAUGGAGAGGGAAGAGACGAUGAUAUCAAAAAACGAAGGCUUUAUACUGAAGAGACUGAAGGCUAUUGAGAAAACCCCCGAGGAGAUAAUAAAGGAGGCAAAUGAGAAUUUCAAAGAAGCUACUCUAGAUGUCCCAAAGUUCUACAAACCUCAAAUUUCAAGGAAGCAGUCCUUUAAAUUUAAUAAGGACACACCCAAACAAACCAUGUUUGCAAUGGAGAUCAACGUCCAGAAGGACCUCCGUACCGGGGAGAGCCGGGUCCUGUCUACAUCCACCGUCACCCCCCAGGAACUCCAGCAGAGAGGGGUUAAAGUCUACGACGACGGCCGUAAGUCUGUCUAUGCCCUGCAGUCUGAUGGGUCCCACCUGGGGAAUAGAGUGGAUGAGCUCAGCCCUAUAGAGGUGGAGGAGCUGCUGCGAGCAGCCACAGAACAGAAGAAGUCUCAGAGAGGACCUCGGGGCCACCAGGGCCAUCAGGAAUCAGCACCUGCAUUCUCCCCCAACUGUGGCCCUCGUGGCCACCAGCAAGCAGUGCCUUCAUUCUCCCCCAACUAUAGCCCUCUGGGCCACCAGGAACCAGUGCCUGCAUUCUCCCCCAACUGUGGCCCUCGUGCCUCCAACAAGCCCCAACAGAGUCAUGCUAAAGUCCUCCAAGGAACCAAUGGGAAUGGGUAUCAGCAGGAGUUGUAUGAGCAUGACGUCCACUCCAGGAAGGAUCUCCACUACAUUGAUGGAGUCCACCACUCAGGGCCGGAGAGUCUCUCCUCUUCCCCUCACAUUCCAGUCCCCUCUUUCAUCUGCAGGAAGGACGAGGAGUACUACCAGCCAACCAACGGGUACAACCAGAACCCUUUCUCCUAUGGCGGGGAGUUUCACCCCACCCACAACUCCUACCAUAGCCCUCGAGAGAGCCAGCAAGGCGGGAUGUUUUACAACUCGUCGGCUAAAAAGGACCAGAAACCAUCUCCGAUCUACCAGGAAGACUUGCACUUCAGUAUCCUGAACGCCAUAGACACAUCUGAGCCUAUCACUGCGAUCUUUAUGGGCUACCAAACCGCCAAGGAUGACAGUGGACGUGGUCUGGGCUACGAAGGGUCCAUCCGGGCUGAGCUUGUCGUCAUUGGCGAUGAGGAUGGGGUGGACGAGAGUAACCCUCAGCUUAACACCUACAACCCGGAUGGAUACAACAACUGGGGUUAUCAUCACUCUCAACCUCAACAGAAAUUAAUACAUUACAUGGCAGAGACCACCGCUAAUAUUAACGCUAACAAUGCGUCACCGUACACAGCGUCAAAGAAGUUGGUCUACCCUGGUCAACAGGCCAAAGAGGCAAUCUACCCAUAUUCAGAUGGACAGUUGGACGGGACAGAGAAGCACCCAGCCCCAGGUAUCAGAAAGAUUCAAAAGAUUCAAAAGAGAAAGAAGCCAUGCUGCAUGCACAUGUAACCAACCUGCAACUGUUGACACUAGCUACCUAACAUCACUUCCUUUGCUUUGACUGACAGCACUUUUGAGGUUUCUCAUUGGCUGCCUAGUGUGUUGAACUGUAUGCUGUAUGCUGGCUUCUCUGUUGCAUCAGUUUGUUCUUGUCUUAAUCAUUGUAACACAGACUGACCUGAAACUCUCAUUCUAAUCACACUCUGUCACUGUUUACAUACAUAGUGAUGUUGUGUAUCCAUACCAGAGCUUGU